GUAAACAGGAAGCGCUGAAGACGAUAGCGCUCACAUUUAAAUUUCGCUGAGAGGUCACGAUGGCAGCCCCUGUUUGGACCACAAAUCUACUCUCCAUGCCAGAGCUAUCAGUGGAAAUAAUAGAGAAUUGGGCCAGUAAGGACUGCGACAUUCCCCGGGCUGUCUUGCUGAAAGGCUACAGCAAUUGGAUAGAAGGAUACAUACACGACGUGGAAGGUGGAGCUUUCCCUUCAGCCGCCUUUCAUUGGCGAGACUAAAUGCAAUUGCAAAGCUGGCUUGGGACAGUGCAAUCACCUGAUAGGUCUUCUCUACACCUUGGCCCAUUAUGUCAAAAUGGGUUUUACAUCUGUCCCUCCAACUACAAGCAGGACAUCGCUACCUCAAGCCUGGCAUGUUCCAUCAAGGUCAUUAGGUGUCACUCCAAGAGCUGUGAGUACAGUAAGUGUGUCCAAGCUUAAACCGCCACUGAUGAACGCACCACCACAGAAAAAGCAACGCUCUGCUGAGGGGCUCAUGAGUAACUUGUACUGCCCUGUGCCGUUUCCAUUACCUGCUGAGGAACUGGCAGAGAUGCUUUACAGAAACCUGGAUACAAUUGGUAGUAAGAGCCAAAUGUUUAAGUUACUGGAAGCCAAUCGUAAGCAGCCAGUUCCUUCUGUCUCAACACACUUUGGGGACCUUCCGAGGGGAUCUGUUUGUAGCUACCAAAACCACACCUCACUGUCAGUCAGUCUUGAUGAUGAUGACCCACCACUUCCUUUUUCACCACAGCCAUGCUCAUUUUCCACUGUGCUGGAUGAAACUGAGGCGUGCUAUUACGGUGGUCUGGCUGUCACACGUUUCGAUGCAGAGCAGUUGGAGAGAGAUACAAGAGGACAAAGCCUUAGCAAGACCUGGCAUCAAGUGCGUGUUAAGAGACUUACAUCAACAUCUUUCAAAAGAAUUUGUUCAAGGGUGAAGGAGUUUGAGAGUUUGGCAACCAACCUUAUGGAGAGGAAAAGUGUGCAAACAAAAGCUAUGAAGAGAGGGCUGGAAAUGGAGCCAGUUGCAGCUGUUGAGUACAGCGCCCUGUCUGGUAAUGACAUCUACCCUUGUGGUCUGGUUAUUAACCCCCACGCCCCACACCUGGGUGCAUCACCUGACAGGAAAGUGUGUGACCUGAGUGCAACACCAACUCAUGGGCUCCUUGAAAUCAAAUGUCCAGACAAGGAAAGCAUCAGCGAGUGUGGCUACUUGCUCUGCCAAGCUGAUGGUAAAUUUACUCUGAAGACCUCCCAUGAGUACUAUUUCCAGAUGGUUGGGCAGAUGGGCGUCACCGGUAUGGUAUGGUGUGAUUUCUUUGUGAAGUGCAGACAGGACUAUCACUUGGAGCGUAUCCACUUCAACCCCAGUGAAUGGGAGAGCAUGAAGGCUAAGCUGGACAUGUUCUUUUUCUCAUACUUUCUGCCUGCUUUGUGCCACAAAUCACAACAUAAUCAUUGACUUCCAGUGAUUGCAUACCAAUGUAUAUAGCUCUUAUUCAUAUUUUCAUAAUUGCCUUUUCAUAACAUUUCAUGAUUUGAGUCACCUUGUUUUUGUAAUCAUUUGUAUAGGAAAAGUAACAAUAAAUUUCAAGUUCUGUU